CGUGAGCUACAGCGGCCACGUGAGCACAUUCUUCCCCGGGCUCCGGCAACACGCUUUUCUCUCCAAGUCAACAUUCUCGCGUCACGGUCUUCCCCCGACCCAAUGGAAGAGGAAGACGAGGAAGCGCGGGCACUGCUGGAAGGCGGCCCCGAUGAGGCUGGCAGAGGUGCCCCUGCCGUCUCGGCUGUGCCCGGAGCGCUGCCGGCCCUUUGCGACCCUAGUCGCCUGGCGCACCGGCUUUUGGUGCUUUUGCUGAUGUGCUUCCUGGGCUUCGGCAGCUAUUUUUGCUAUGAUAAUCCUGCUGCCCUUCAGACUCAGGUUAAAAGGGAUAUGCAGGUGAAUACGACGAAAUUCAUGCUGCUGUAUGCCUGGUAUUCUUGGCCCAAUGUAGUUUUGUGUUUUUUUGGUGGCUUUUUGAUAGACCGAGUAUUUGGAAUACGAUGGGGCACCAUUAUUUUUAGCUGCUUUGUUUGCAUUGGACAGGUGAUUUUUGCUUUGGGUGGAAUAUUUAAUGCUUUUGGGCUGAUGGAAUUUGGAAGGUUUGUGUUUGGGAUUGGUGGGGAGUCCUUAGCAGUUGCCCAGAAUACAUAUGCUGUGAGUUGGUUUAAAGGCAAAGAAUUAAACUUGGUAUUUGGACUCCAACUUAGCAUGGCUAGAAUUGGAAGUACGGUAAACAUGAAUCUCAUGGGAUGGCUGUAUUCUAAGGUUGAAGCUUCGUUGGGUUCUGCUGGUCACACAACCCUUGGGGUCACACUUAUGAUUGGGGGUAUAACAUGUAUUCUUUCACUAAUCUGUGCCUUGGUUCUCGCUUACUUGGAUCAGAGAGCAGAGAGAAUCCUUCAUAAAGCACAAGGAAAAACAGGUGAAGUUAUUAAGUUAACUGAUGUAAAGGACUUUUCCUUACCCCUGUGGCUGAUAUUUAUCAUCUGUGUCUGUUACUAUGUGGCAGUGUUCCCUUUUAUCGGACUCGGGAAAGUUUUCUUUAUAGAAAAAUUUGGAUUUUCUUCCCAGGCAGCAAGUGCUAUUAACAGUGUUGUAUAUGUCAUAUCAGCUCCCAUGUCCCCGAUAUUUGGGCUCCUGGUGGAUAAAACAGGAAAGAACAUCAUCUGGGUUCUUUGUGCUGUGGUGACCACUCUUGCUGCCCAUGUCAUGCUGGCCUUCACGCUGUGGAACCCUUGGAUUGCUAUGUGUCUGCUGGGACUCUCCUAUUCGUUGCUUGCCUGUGCAUUGUGGCCAAUGGUGGCGUUCGUGGUUCCUGAACAUCAACUGGGAACUGCAUAUGGCUUCAUGCAGUCCAUUCAGAAUCUUGGGUUGGCGAUCAUUUCCAUCAUUGCUGGCAUGAUAUUGGAUACUCGGGGCUAUUUGUUUUUAGAAGUUUUCUUCAUUGCCUGUGUUUCUUUGUCACUUUUAUCUGUGGUCUUACUUUAUGUGGUGAAUCGUGCCCGAGGGGGGAACCUAAAUUAUUCUGCAAGACAAAGGGAAGAAAUAAAACUUUCUCAUGCUGAAUCUUCUAUGUUGAUCUUAAUGUUACUUUUACAAUCAAGAGGAUUUAAGAGAUUAUCAGCAAAGUGUGCAACCUUUAAUAUGUGAUGAGAAGCUUAAAUGACUGUGUCAUGAGAAUGGGCUGCACACAUCAUUGGUUUGAAAACCUCACUUUUUUUUUUAAAUUUUAAUCUAGAAUUUAGUCAGGAAAAAUAAUGGUCUGGAAAUAUAUAUUUAUAUUUCAAAAGCACCUAUUUCAAAGUAUAUUUGUGAGGACUAUUUUAGCUUGUGUCUUAUGUACUGUGUAUUGCUAAAGAAUUCUACUUUGGAGUAGGCUAAUCAGUGAAGUUUAGAAAGUUUCUCUGGAAUAUGCAGGUGAAUUUCAGUAAGGACAGUAAAUAAUGGAAAACUUGGAUCUUGUAUUGAGAUAAUUUUCAGAAGGUGUUUCUUAAGGACAUCUUUGGCUUUUUUUUUUUAAUCUUAAAGCAAAAAAACUUUUGAAGGUGUAGAAGGGAUAUUUUAUACAGAAUAAACAAUGGCUUUUUAAUAGGCAUUCCCUGUUUUUAUAGGGAAUAUUUGAAAGAUAUUUUUUAUGCAGUUUCUUCGUUUUCACAAAUAGCAGAUUGUAUUCUGCUAUCUUUAGUUAUGAGAAGUUGCCAAGCAGUGACCCUUUUGAGCUUCUUUAUCUCUCCAUUACCGAGGACCUUGAUAACUUAGGGAUUAAUUUUAUAGUACAAACUUUCUGUACACUUUUUUCUUACAGUCUAAUUAAUUACUAAAAAGUGUCCUUUAAAUUAUGAUAGUUGCAUAUCUACAUGGAUAAAAACACUGCAGAAGGAAUACUCGAUGUCUUCUAAAACUUUUGAUUUUUAAAAGAAUAUUAAAAUACUGAUUUUAACUCUUAUUUAUUUGGAAGACUGUUUCUGUAAGAAAAUUGAAGUUGGAAUAAAGAAAAUUUGCCUUUGAAAGUCAGUGGAGUACCUUUUUCUCCAGAGUAGAACCUAAGUAACAUUUAUGUUUUCCAAAUUAAAUAAAAUACAAUUAUAAAAUUUCUUUUGACAAACUUAAAAACUUUUUAAUUGACUUAGUCUUAGCAUAUUACAUAUUAAAGUCAAGGACUUUUUCAUGUUUUGCUCUCCAGGAGUGUGCAGAUAUUUUAGACAACUGUUAAACUGUUGUAUUUAGCUAAUUGUAUUGUUCAAAAUACAGGACAUAACACUGUAUGCUUGAAAGUUCUGGACCAGAUUGAAAGUACAUUCCUUACUCAGGUCAAGUUUAUUUAUAUCCAUUUUUCUGAUUGACAGUUUAUUGUGUCAUUAUUCAGUUGUUCUUUCGGCUUUGACAGCCAUGUGACUGUUGUAGCCCAGAUUAUUGAAUGUUGGCUUUAGCAGUUGGUGAGAGUGGAGAAAGCCAGUUGCUACUGCUGCUGGAGGGCUUGUGUGGUCCGGCCGCUGCCUUACUCUUUCCACCACCUCCAUGCCUCAGCCAUAGUGAGCUGUUUCGUUAUAUUUUUUCAGAUGGGUCCUGUUUCUUGCCUUUUCAGGGGCUUUGUCCAUGCUGCUCCCUUUGCUUAGAAUAUUUUAUCCAGGAUUCUCCACAGCCUGAUUUACAACAGAAAACCUUAGCCCCAGCUCAGAAGCAUUCUUCCUGUGGAAACUCUUCCAGACCUUCAGGCUAUACCAAGUUCUUCUAAAAUUUUUGUGAUAUUGAAAAGCCCUGUAUUUUUUCUUCUUUGUUUACCUCAGCUUAUAAUGAAGAAUUUGUGAUAGUGUGGGUGUGGGUGUCUUUCUCUUCAUUUAGACUGUAAGCUCCAUGAGGGCAAGGACUGUGUCUAUUACGUUAAUUAUGAUUGUGUGGAUAGUGCCUAGCACAAAGUAGGCACAAAAUAAGUAUUUUUUUGAAUGAUGCAUAAAUAAAAAGGAGAGUAAAAUGGAAUAA